UCUGUCUAUCUAUCACUCACAUUCGUAUUAGGUUUUGUUGCCUUUUUCUCUCUUCGUAAGCAAACUACAAAAAUAAAAUAAAAAUGGGAAGCUGCUUUCUCGUCGUCUUCGUCGUUUUACUCUUCUCCUCCUCCGUUAACGCCUGCGACCGAUGCCUUCACCGUUCUAAGGCUGCUUAUUUCUCCUCUGCCUCUGUUCUCUCCUCCGGAGCUUGCUCCUACGGUUCAAUGGCUACGGGUUUCUUUGCCGGUCACAUAGCCGCUGCCGUGCCUUCCAUCUACAAAGACGGCGCCGGCUGCGGAGCUUGCUUCCAGGUCAGAUGCACCAACCCUUCUCUUUGCAGCACCAAAGGAACCGCGGUGAUGGUCACCGACCUGAACAUGAGCAACCAAACCGAUCUCCUCCUAAGCAGCAGAGCCUUCAGGGCUAUGGCUAAGCCGGUUCUUGGCGCCGACAGAGAUCUUCUUAGACAAGGCAUUGUGGACGUUCAAUACCAGAGAGUCCCUUGCGAUUACGGAAACAAGAAGAUGAUGAAUGUGAGAGUUGAAGAAGCAAGCAAGAAGCCAAACUACUUGGCAAUAAAGCUCUUGUACCAAGGAGGCCAAACCGAAGUCGUAGCCAUCGACAUUGCUCAGGUUGGUUCCUCCCACUGGAGUUACAUGACCAGAAGCCGCGGAGCCGUCUGGGUCACGGACAAAGUACCAACCGGACCUCUUCAGUUCAGGUUCGUGGUGACUGCUGGCUUCGACGGCAAAAUGCUCUGGUCUCCGAGAGUUCUUCCGGCCAACUGGGAAGCCGGCAAGAUCUACGACGCCGGCGUUCAGAUCACCGACAUUGCUCAGGAAGGUUGUGAUCCAUGCGACGAUCACAUCUGGAACUGAUUUACUACUUACUUCCUUAGAGCCCUCCUCAUGUGUAAUCUCAGUCAUUCACUAUUAUUUCAUUAACUGCAAUUAAUGUUAUUUUCUUCUUUUCUGAAAUAACAAGAGAACUAAGAAAGAUUAAAAGAUGGA